CAACGAGCCCUCAAAAACAGCAACCUCCAGAGGUUUUGCAAACAGGAAGGAAAUUGAGAAACUCACAAGGACUGUAGUGUGUGUUUGCGUGUGUGUGUGCAGGCUUCGUGUGAAUGUCUGCAUAGAGCAGAACAAGAAAGAAACACCUGAAUGCACACACUUGUAUCUGGAACCCAUAGUUCUUCUCCACAUCACAAUCUUGUACGUUGACACAGGCUGUGAGGUCUAUCUCUCCAUCCAGGUCAUCUGACUGCGGCGGAAAAGAAGGAGAAGGUUGAUUGGGAGCAGCCUCCGAUCCUCUCCUCCAAUGCUGUUUGAGAAGAGAGGAGGGAAAGAGGCACGGGGAGUAAUCAAGGAUAAAGUCAACACAAUAUUGCAAGUGGGUCUACGAAAGUGUAUCCUAAUUAAAAGGAAAUACAUGAUUUGGAGGGGAUGCUUCUUAUUUGUGAGUUGAUGCCUCCAAGGGGCCCCCGAACCUGAGGUACCAGGUCCCCCCCCGCUGGUCGGGCCCCCCUCAAACCCGUGCGUCUCUUUUAAUGGUUGGCACUGCCCACCCGUGCCAGGAUUACUGCCCACACAGACACAGCCUGAUGAUCGCCAUGGGAGCGGUGCGAGUCAACAGGUACAGCAUUGUAUCCACCGACGAAGAUGCCCUCAAGAUCUCCAGCCUGGGCCUCCACAACGGCCAUGGGCCUCACACCCAGCACCCCCUCGCUGGGGCCAGGCUGGGGGGUGGAGGGGGCGAAGGAAUGGGGUCCGACGGAGGAGGGCUCGGGACCCUGGCCCUGCGUGCUCCGGCCACCAUAGCGACGACGGACACCGUCCACAACGGCCGGCGCGUGUCCUCGGGACUCCCCGCCCCCAGCCGCUUGCGGAGUCGCUUCGUGAAGAAGAACGGCCAGUGCAACGUGGUGUUCCACAACAUGGAGGACAAGCCCCGCCGCUACCUGGCCGACAUCUUCACCACCUGCGUGGACAUCCGCUGGAGGUACCUCUUCCUCAUCUUCACCACCACUUUCCUGUUCUCCUGGCUGCUCUUCGGCCUGGUGUUCUGGGGCGUGGCAUUGGCGCACGGCGACUUUGACCUGCGGCCCGGCUUGGGGGAGGGGCCCCUGGGCGUGCUGGAAGGCGGGGCAGAGUGGCGGCCGUGCAUCCUCCACGUCCAGGGGUUCGUGGGGGCGUUCUUGUUCUCCAUCGAGACCCAGACCACCAUCGGCUAUGGGUUCCGCUGCGUGACCGAGGAGUGCCCUGCGGCGGUCGUCACCGUGGUGGUCCAGUCCAUCGUGGGCUGCAUUAUCGACUCCUUCAUGAUCGGCACCAUCAUGGCCAAGAUGGUGCGGCCCAAGAAGCGGGCGCAGACGCUACUUUUCUCGCACCACGCCGUCAUUGCGCUGCGCGACGGCAAACUCUGCCUCAUGUGGCGCCUGGGCAACAUGCGCAAGAGCCACAUUGUCGAGGCACACAUCCGGGCCCAGCUCAUCCGGCCGCACGUGACCGCCGAGGGCGAGUACCUGCCAGCGGAGCAGACGGACAUCGACGUGGGCUACGACGAGGGCUUGGACCGCCUCUUCUUGGUCUCGCCGUUGGUGGUGGUCCACGAGAUCACGGAGAACAGCCCCCUGUACCAGAUGAGCCGCGCCGACCUCCAGAAGGAGGACUUUGAGAUUGUGGUGAUCCUGGAGGGGAUGGUGGAGGCCACGGCCAUGACCACCCAGGCCCGCAGCUCCUACCUGGCCCGGGAAAUCCUCUGGGGCCACCGCUUCGAACCCGUGGUCUUCGAGAAAGCCGACCGCUACCAGGUGGACUACUCUCGCUUCCAUAAGACCUACGAGGUUCCGACCACGCCCCACUGCAGCGCCAAGGACCUCCGCGAGAUGUCCGGGGUGGACGGUGGCGUCGGCGGGGGCAGCAGGCAGCGCUCCCAGUCUUCGUCUUCCACCGCCUCCUCCAGGUCAGCGACGCCCCCCUUGUUCGGCCCGCUGUCGUCGGCACGCUGCCUCCUGCCGCCGCACUCGCCCAGCGCCUUCUGCUACGAGAACGAGGUGGCACUGUGCUGCGGGGAGGAAGAUGAGGACGAGGAGGACGAGGCGGGGGAGAGGACGGGGAUGCUGGGGGGGAGGGAUGACGGGGAGGGGGACGAGAGGGGAGGGGACUUUGAGGAGUGCUACGAGGAGCGGAGGGUGGAUGUGCUGUGCGUGCUGGACGUGGAGGGUCAGAUGGGCUUCGACAGGCUGCAGCCUCCGGGGAUUCCCCUGGACGCGCUCAACUUUGGGAGGGAGUCUGGAGUGUGAGUCACUCGCCUCCAUUUUUUGAGUUCUGGAACAAUCUACAGCAGCGUCACCUAUUUGCGAACACCUUGUCAGUCUCUUAACUACAAUAGGUGCCAUUUGCUGACUUUCUGCUUCUCAUUUUGUUAAUCCAACCAAAGUACUCGGAUCGAAAGCAAACCAGGGUCGAACAAGACUUGAUUUAGGCUACCCAUAACAAUGAAGGUUAUGGAAGAGUCCCAAAUGUGCCACUGAUGAGGUCAAAUUAAUUCCCUUCAAGACUCAUUAAAUGCUUGUAUAUGACCCCGCUCUUAUCGAAUGGAUGAUUACAGGACAAAUCCAAAACUUUGUAGUCUGCUACAAGGGGAAAGAGAACAUUCUCUUUAACCUAAAUCUGCAGGACAGACGGUUGUUAUGCUUUUGAUUUUACUUUUGUUUGAAUACUCAAUCUUGUGUAUUUGCACAGCGCACAAUAUUUUUUUUCUUUCUCAGAAAUCAUGGUAACUGAAUAGUUAAAUCAUGAUGUGUUAAAUGCAAUGGCAUAAAUUAUUGUGUAUAAUAAUUUGAUUGUGUCUUCGUGAAUAUAACGUAUGUUUGGUUUUCUUACAUUUACUCAAUUACUGUUCCACCUCUAUCAUUUACAGAUAACAAUAGUCAUGAGUAUUUAAUUCAAAACCCUUACCAAUAAAUUAUGUUUCUGUUGCUGGCAUUAAAGCAGUUUUUGUGAAUAUGUAAUGUUAUGUUUAGAAAUCAUGCACAUGCUGUCUUCCUGCUUGAGGUAUACUACUGUUAAUGUUUUAUUAAAUGAGCUACAUUUCCAAAAUACAAAUGAUGAAUCCUUUAUCGAGGGGAAAAAAUGAUGCAAAUAUGCAACCCAGAAAUGGCAGUUAUAGAGUUGGUAAAACACUAAAGAUGAAGAAAAAGCACUUUAUUCUGUAUUUUAUCAUAACUAUAUCUUUAAAUAUUUUCAA